AUGGCAAUAAGAACCCCAAGACGUGCAGCAGCCCAUAAGAGAACCCCGUAUAAACAAAGAGUACAUGACGUAGUAAAUGAGAAUCCCCUGCCUAAUUCUAACCUAAUUGACCUUAUAAAGUACUAUAAAGAGAAAGAACAAAUAAGAGAAGAGUACAUCACCGCACUAAAACAAGAGAACGCGUACUUAAGAAGUAAUCUUGCAGUGCCAGACCAGUCGUCAUUCACAGGAUUAAAAAUAUCUAAAACAGGAGACAUCUUCAACUGUAAGCAGACGAUUGAGAAGGAGGGGGUCACUUGCUCAAUCACAUUCUUAUUAGAAGAACAUGAGCAUAUUUAUGUCUACACGUAUAAAGAGAGUAAAAAUGUGAGGGACUUACCCGAAUAUUUACAGAGAACGAUAAAUUUCCCAAAGACACAAGUAAAAAUAUUCUUCUUUAAUAUUUACCAGUGUGUAGCAAAGGACGAGGAUGAGGAUGAAGAAUAAACCCGAGAUAACCC